AUGGGUGAUUUCAAUAAUGUAUCUGCUAUGAUCAGGGCUUUGAAAGAAGGCGGUAAUUUGGCAGCAUUAACUGGCGGUGAUCCACAUAAUCUUCAUUCGGGACGAACUGGAGCAUGGAAAGCAAAAAUAAAAUAUUAUGCUAAACAAAUUAACUCAUCCCAUCAACGUUCAUUAUUUAUUUUUUCAAAAAAUAAUUGGAUACGAAAACGAGCUAAUGCUGUUAUUGAUUGGAAUCCUUUUGAAUAUAUGGUGCUAUUAACAAUUAUAGCUAAUUGUAUUGUUUUAGCACUUGAAGAACAUUUACCACAUGAUGAUAAAACAACAUUAGCUAGAUCCUUAGAAAAAACUGAAAUUUAUUUUAUUGGAAUUUUUUGUUUUGAAGCUGCACUUAAAAUAAUUGCUCUUGGUUUUGUAUUACAUGAAGGUUCAUAUCUUCGAAGUCUUUGGAAUGUUAUGGAUUUUGUUGUUGUUGUUACGGGUUUAGCAACGAUUAGUAUUAAAAAAGAUAGUUCAUUCGAUUUACGUACACUACGUGCCGUACGUGUACUACGACCGCUUAAACUUGUCUCAGGCAUUCCAAGUCUUCAAGUGGUGCUUAAAUCUAUAUUAAAAGCAAUGGCUCCAUUGUUUCAAAUAGCUCUUCUCGUUCUUUUUGCUAUUAUUAUCUUUGCUAUUAUUGGCCUUGAACUAUAUUCAGGCGUCUUUCAUACAACUUGUUUUUAUGCAAAUCGAACAGCUCCUGACAAUGAUAGUGAAGAUUUAAUGUAUAAAGGUGAUGAUCAUCUGUCAACAACAUGUGGAAUACCUGGAGAACCAAUAUGGGGUUGGUUAAAUAUAAAACAUGGUGUAUUUACAUGUAAUAUUCCAAAUGAAUCACUUGUUUGUCGAGAAUAUUGGAUAGGACCUAAUAAAGGCAUAACUAGUUUUGAUAAUAUUGGUUUUGCUAUGUUAACUGUUUUUCAAUGUAUAACUAUGGAGGGUUGGACACAAAUAUUAUAUUGGACUAAUGACGCUGUGGGAACUUUAUUUAAUUGGCUUUAUUUUGUACCAUUAAUUAUUCUUGGUUCAUUUUUUAUGCUUAAUCUUGUUCUUGGUGUUUUAAGCGGUGAAUUUGCAAAAGAAAGAGAACGUGUAGAAAAUCGUCGAGCUUUUUUAAAAAUUCGUCGUCAACAACAAAUUGAACGUGAAUAUAAUAAUUAUAUUGAAUGGAUUAAUCGAGCUGAGGAUGUAAUUUUAAAUGAAGAACGAACUACUGAACAAGAAAGACGUGCAAUUCACGAAGCUCGGAAAUAUGCACAAUUGAAAAAGAGUCGACAUAAUCGAACAGGAAAACAGCAUAGUGUAGACGACGAUGAAGAAGAUAUUGACAAUGCAUUUAAUCGUGGCCGUGGUGCAGAUAUUGAACGACCUGAUCGACCACGAACUUUCAUGCGUCGAUGGCAUAUUCAACAACGUGUGAUUAAAAGUAAAAUUCGUAUAUUAGUUAAAACUCAAGCAUUUUAUUGGACUGUAAUUGUAUUGGUUUUUUUGAAUACUGCUUGUGUUGCUGUUGAACAUGAUCGACAAAAACAAUUUCUAACGGAUUUUUUAUAUAUAGCUGAAUUCAUUUUUCUUGGUUUAUUCGUUUUUGAAAUGCUUUUUAAAAUGUAUGGUCUUGGCGUUAAUCGAUAUUUUGCAUCAUCAUUUAAUAUAUUUGAUUUUGUCGUUAUUUUUGGUUCAAUAUUUGAAGUUAUUUGGACACAUUUUAAUCCAGAAGAAUCUUUUGGUGUUUCAGUUCUUCGAUCUUUACGUCUUUUAAGAAUAUUUAAAGUGACUAGACAUUGGGCAUCUUUACGAAAUUUAGUUGUAUCACUUUUGAGUAGUAUGCGUUCCAUUGUCAGUUUACUAUUUCUUCUCUUCUUAUUUAUUCUUAUAUUUGCAUUAUUGGGCAUGCAAUUAUUUGGUGGCGAAUUUAGUUUUGAAGAUGGAACUCCGUUACAAAAUUUUAAUAAAUUUGCUACAGCACUAAUCACUGUCUUUCAAAUUUUAACUGGUGAAGAUUGGAAUGAAAUUAUGUAUAAUGGAAUUAUAUCUCAAGAUACAAAUAGAGCCAAUGGUAUAGGAAUGAUCUAUUCACUUUAUUUUAUUAUUCUUGUCCUAUUUGGCAAUUAUACAUUAUUAAAUGUCUUUUUGGCUAUUGCUGUUGACAAUUUAGCUAAUGCACAUGAAUUAACUAAAGAUGAAGAAGAAGAACAAGCAGCCGAAGAAGAAAAACGUGAACGUGAAACCAAAGAUGUUGAAUCUAUGUUUAAGUUAGGUUCAGCAACAUCAGAUGCAGUGACAACAACAACUGCAACACCAACACCAGUACCAAAUGUAAAAACAAAAAAACCAGAACAAGAUACAUUGAUGCCAAGAAAUAAUCUUCAACAAACUACAAAAAAUGACUAUGUUGAACAUGCGGUUAAAACAGCUUUUGAUAUUCAACCAUCAUCACAAUAUCAUUCAUCAAGUUUAAAAGCGAAUUCAGAUUUUUUAGAUAGACAAUUAUUUGAAAAAGCUGAUUUAGAUUAUAUACCUGGUUUAGAUUAUGAUCUUGGUCCAGUUUAUCUUCCAACAUCGUUAGAUAAAUUACCAGGUCUUGAUGAAUCAGCAGCAGCUGCAAAAGCUCGUGCGUAUGAAGAAGCAAGAAAAAAAGCUGAAGCUGCUGCAGCAGAAGCAGAUGCAAAGAGAAAAGAACAAGCAUCACGUGUUGUUAAACCUAUUAUUCCACAUAGUUCAAUGUUUAUUUUUAGUUCAACGAAUCCGAUUCGUCGGUUUUGUCAUUUUAUCGUUACUCUUCGCUAUUUUGAACUACUUAUUAUGAUUGUCAUAUGUUUGAGUUCAAUAUCAUUAGCUGCUGAAGAUCCUGUACAUGAAAAUUCUAGUCGUAAUCGAAUACUUAACUAUCUUGAUUACGCAUUUACAGGUGUAUUUACUGUUGAAUUAUUGCUCAAAAUUGUCGAUUUGGGUGUUAUACUUCAUGAAGGAGCAUAUUGUCGUGAUGUAUGGAAUUUACUUGAUGCACUUGUUGUUAUAUGUGCAUUAGUUGCUUUUGGUUUUACGGAAAAUGGAGCUGGAAAAAAUUUAAAUACUAUAAAAUCUUUACGUGUUCUUCGUGUCUUACGUCCAUUAAAAACAAUAAAUCGUGUACCAAAAUUAAAAGCUGUAUUUGAUUGUGUUAUUACAUCAUUAUCUAAUGUUUUAACAAUAUUAAUUGUUUAUAUGCUGUUUCAAUUUAUUUUUGCUGUUAUUGCUGUACAAUUAUUUAAAGGAAAAUUUUAUCGAUGUUCUGAUUUAUCAAAAGUAACACCUGAAGAAUGCCAAGGAUUUUAUUUUGAUUUUGGUAAUGGUAAACGUAAACCAGAUUGUCGAAAAAGAAUAUGGGAACCAUAUGAUUUUACAUAUGAUAGUGUACCACAAGCUAUUCUUACUUUAUUUACCGUUCAAACAGGUGAAGGAUGGCCAACUGUCUUACAACAUUCAAUUGAUGCUACUGGUAUUAAUCGUGGUCCACAACCUGGUCAUCGGCUUGAAGUUGCAGUUUUUUAUGUUGUUUAUUUUAUUGUAUUUCCAUUUUUUUUCGUUAAUAUAUUCGUUGCAUUAAUUAUUAUAACAUUUCAAGAUCAAGGACAAAAAGAAUUAGAAGAAGCUGAAAUUAAUAAAAAUCAAAAAUCAUGUAUUGAUUUUGCAUUGAAUGCUAAACCAAUUCAACGAUGUAAACCAAAACAAGAAAGUUCAUUACGUUAUCGUAUUUGGCAAUUAUGUACAUCAUCAUAUUUUGAAUUUUGUAUUAUGGUUAUGAUUGCACUUAACACUUGUGUACUUAUGGCAAAAUACUAUCGAAGUCCAUCAACUUACAAUGAUAUAUUAACAUAUGCCAAUACAACGUUUACAGCUCUAUUUACUGUGGAAAGUAUUCUUAAAAUCAUUGCAUUUGGUUUAAGAAAUUAUUUUCGUGAUAAAUGGAAUGCAUUUGAUUUUAUUACAGUACUUGGUAGUAUUGCUGAUGUACUUGUUACUGAGUUUCGAUUAACGAAAGCAAAUGUUGCUCUAGCAGCUGGUCCACAAAAACAUAAGAAUACAUUACUUAAUUUGGGUUUUCUUCGUUUAUUUCGUGCUGCUCGUUUAAUAAAACUUCUUCGUCAAGGUUAUACAAUUCGUAUUCUACUUUGGACAUUUAUGCAGUCAUUUAAAGCUCUUCCCUAUGUUUGUCUAUUAAUUGCCAUGCUCUUUUUUAUUUAUGCUAUAAUUGGCAUGCAGGUUUUUGGAAAUGUUCGUCAUGACUCGGCUCAAUCCGAGAUAAAUCGACACAAUAAUUUUUCCAAUUUUUUCUAUGCUUUACUGCUCUUGUUCAGAUGUGCAACAGGUGAAAGUUGGCAAGCGGUUAUGCUAGCCUGUAAAGCUGGUGUUGAAUGUCAUCUACACACUCAUCAUCGACCACAUCAUCAUCCAACAGUACCAUAUGUUAGUUCAACAAUUCCAUCAAUGUGUCUUACAGCGACACAUGCUAAAAGUGAUCCGUCACAAAAUAAAUGUGGAUCAGAUUUUGCAUAUCUUUAUUUUUGUUCAUUUGUUUUUCUUUCAUCAUUUUUAAUGUUGAAUUUAUUUGUUGCUGUUAUUAUGGAUAAUUUUGAUUAUUUAACAAGAGAUUCGUCUAUAUUAGGAGCACAUCAUUUAGAUGAAUUUCUUCGAGCUUGGUCGGAAUAUGAUCCAGAUGGAACAGGAAAAUUAGAAUAUACAAAAAUGUUUGAAAUGCUUCGACUUAUGUCACCACCUGUUGGAUUUGGGACUAAAUGUCCAUCAAAAUUAGCAUAUAAACGUUUAAUUCGUAUGAAUAUGCCUAUUGAUGAAAAACGUCAAGUUCAUUUUACGACUACACUCUUUGCAUUGAUUCGUGAAUCACUUGGAAUUAAAAUGCGUACUGCUGCUGAAGAAAUGGAUGAAGCUGAUAAUGAAUUACGUGAAGUUUUAUGUAAAGUUUGGCCUAAUCAUGCAAAAAAGAAUAUUAAAUUACAUGAAGGUGGUACAAGACCAUUACUUGAUCUAGUCGUACCACCUAAACAUGAACUACAUGGUAUACCAGGUUAUCCUAAAUUGACUGUUGGUAAAGUUUAUGCAAUAUGUUUAUACAUUGAUAAUUAUCGUUCGUAUAAACAAGGACAUACCAAUGAUACUGGUUUCAAUUUGAAUCGACUUGUAUCAGCACUUAAAGAACGUGUUCAUUCAAAAGAAGGUAUUAAUGAAAAUGAUUUUGAUGGAAGACGAUCAUCAUUUCGUCGAUCGGGAAGUUUUCGUCGAACAGGAGGAAAUCGAUCAUCGAAUUUUGAAAAUAUGUUUUUGGGUAAAAAUAAAGUUUCUACAAGUCGUCGACCAAGUAAUGCAAUAGAAAAUGGAUAUAUUAAUUUCAAACCUCCAAAUUUAUUAAAUCUUGAUGAAACAAAACGAAGAAGUUCACACGUUACAGAUAGUUUUCACAGUCAACAUCAUUAUGGUAAAACAUUAAAUGUACCAGAUCUUAAUAAUGUUCUUCAUGCUUUACCAAUGGUUACAUCACCAGCACCAUUAAAUCCACCUCGACCGGCAAUAAUGACAACACCCAAAUCAUCAAUGAUUGCUGUGAAAAAUCCUUCAACAUCAAUUGCUUUAUCACCAACUGAAACUCGACCAUUAUUACUUGUUACAACGGACAAUAAUCAACAACAACCACAAACAAUCAUUGUACCUAAUGGACGUCGUUUACCUUUAAAUGGUCAAAUGACAUCACGUAUAACAUCAACUAAACAAUCAACAGCACCAUCAAAUACUGAUCAUCAAAAUAUUUGUGAGAAAGCAACAGAAAAAAUAUCAACAAAAAAAUUUAUUAACAAUCGACCACGGGCAGCAUUAUUUUUUUCAUCUACAAGAGUUCCAGAUCAAUCACCUGAACAACAUCAACCAUUAUUGGGUAGCAGUGGAAAUGAUACAAGUAGUCGCCAGGAUUCAAUUGAUUCACAUACGUCAACUGAUGAUGGUUUUGGAUUAAAUGAAAACUGGCCAGUCAAAACAAAAACAAUAAUAUCAUCAAAUCGAGCAGUACCUGCUAAAACUUCUUCACCGUUAAUCAAUACAGCUCAACCUCGACCACAAGGCAAUGUCAAUUCUCGACAAUUACCAUCUUUACCAAUGCCAAUACGACAAUUACCAUUAGUGCCAAGUCCUUCGAGACAAUUACCAACAAUUGAUAAUAUAAAUUCAACGAAAUUAUAUUUCGAUAUUGAUGAUUUAGAAAACGAAGAUGAACCUUUAUCGACAAGAUUUGCACGUGCCGGAGAAUUAUUUUAUUAUCAAACAUCAUCAUCAUCAUCAUCAUCAUCAUCAUCAUCGUCUUCAUCAUCAAAUUCAAAUAAUUCGUCAUCCGAAAAUUCUGAUAAUGAUAAUAAUGAUGUACAAAUUCAGAUUCAUAAUCAACAAGAAGAAGACGAAGAAGAAGAUGAAGGUGAUAAUAAUCCUAUUUCGCCAUGUGAAUAUGAAGCUUAA